AUGGCAAAUCGCCAAAAUGGCGACAAAGUAGUGCCCAAAUCUCCGAAACCCAAAUUGGGACGCAAGCGAAUCGUGGUGGUAAAUAACCCCGGUUGGGACUGGAUCAGAAUGGGAGACGUGGGAUUAACAGACUGUCCCGUUGAAUGUACCUUGACGGCCGACACGUCCCAAAUUCAAAUGGCCGACGCCAUCAUUUUCUAUGCUGUUGGGUAUUUCAGGACCAUACCCGUGCGAGCUCACGGCCAGGUAUGGAUUUUCCUCUCUCUGGAGAGUCCAUCUUAUUCGUUGUCCCAGGCAUUCGAGAAACCCGAAUGGCAUGGUCAGAUUAACUGGACCAUGACCUACAGAUCGGAUUCGGACAUCUUUUAUCCCUAUGGCCGUGUUAAUAGACGGGGGGAUUUUCUUACAACGGACUACACUUCUCUCGCAGAAAAGAAAACCAAGAAGGUUGCAUGGGUUGUGAGCCAUUGUGAAACCGACAGUAAAAGAGAGGAUUAUGUGAGACUCCUGAAACAACAUAUCGGUGUGGAUACGUUUGGCAUGUGUGGUCUACCUUGUGGAAAGGAAGGCAGUUUUGAGUGUUUACAAAUGUUGACUAACGAUUAUAAGUUUUAUUUGUCAUUUGAGAACACGCUGUGCUUGGACUAUGUGACGGAGAAGCUGUUCCGGAAGAUCAUGGUGGCAGAUGUGGUGCCAGUUGUAAGGGGAUUUGUCAAUUAUACUAAAUACAUGCCGCCCAAGUCGUUUAUAAACGCUGAUGAUUUCAGCACCGUGGCUGAGCUUGGCAAAUAUCUUAAUUACCUCGAUAAAAAUAUGACUGCAUAUCUGGAAUAUUUAGAAUGGAGAAAAUAUUAUUUUGUUGUGGAGAAACCAAAUCCCACUUGUGAAGUUUGCAUGAAGCUCCUAGAACCGGAGAAAUAUAGAAACGUUUAUGAAGACGUGUUUUCUUGGUGGACCAAGGGCGUGUGUCAUUCUCCCAAGCCGAUUGUGUGA